AUUUAAAGCUUUCUCAUGCUUCCAGGUGCAGUGGUGGAGUCCAUCUCAGCUGCUGUAGCCGAUGGGCUGAAUGGGAACGUGGUGCCCCCAUCAUCCCCUCCUAAGGCCCAAGGGUUUGGAAUACUCAAGAAACUAACCUUUUCUGUAGAGUUAGUGGUGACUAUUAGCCUCCUUCUCUCCUGGAUUACUGCAGGCUUCAUGAUGUUUGAUGUUGUAGAAUAUAAAGGGGUCACUGACAUUCAAGACGUAGUUUUGGAUCCCAUGAAAGCUGUUAAUGAUGCUGUAGAGGGAAUGUCCAACAUGUUCUAUGAGGCUCAAGAAUGUGCAUUUGCUCCUCAUUUGAGUCUGGACCACAUGAAUGCUGUCAAAGAUGUAAAAGACUUAUUUAUGGACUUCCUCUCUGAUGAUGACGGUAUAAGGAUGCCCAAUGGAAACUUUUACCUGAGCUACGUUGACCCGGUGAUUAUUGGCAGGGGUGUGUUCAAUGUCACCAAUAACUCUAUAUGUGGAGUCGUGGGUUACAUACAAGGCACACUCUGUGUUCUAUUGGAUGCCAUAUUGGAUAUCUUACAGGCCCUUAUCCAUGCACUGAACAUCAAUGCAGAAGACAUAGUGCAUGUUAUCAAGGACUGUACAAGUUCUACUGGAACCUACAUUUGGGACCUGCUGCCAGGUAUCCCUCAAGAAGUGAACAUCGAUCCCAUACUGGUUCUCAGAAGAAUGUUUGGGAUUGUCAUUGAGCAGAAGAACAUGCUUGUGGACUAUGUCUCCAACUUGCUAAUAGGCGAUCAAGGGGUCAUUCCUGAGAUGAACUUUGACCCUAUGAAAGUGGUCACAGAUGCAGUGCUUGAGAUUGCAGAUGGGAAAAACAUGUUCAUGGAUUAUCUGUCCAACAUGCUUAUGGAUGAUAAAGAUGAACCUAGUACUAUACCAGCAUCUGUGAUGCAUGUGAUAAGGAAGAAAGGACAGUUUUUGCCACCCCUGGAAAAAGUUGCAGAAUUGAUAGGCACUACAAAGGACGGCGACCCUGCACCUGAAAUACGCGUCACUCCAGUUGUGGCGGAGAAGGAUGAUGCUGUCAAAGAGGCUGAAGAAGAGCAAGGAGACAAGGACAGUACUGAUGACAGUUCAGAGGGGGUGAAGAAAUACACCACCCCAAAAAAGUUGUGGAUCCAAAAACAGAUGCUUAGAGUCAUGGGAUCUAAGGCCCACCUAAGAGCUGGAGAGGUUAUGGAUAUGGAUGAAGACCAACAAGAUGGAGAUGUUGAAGAACUUGACCAUGAACAAACGAUGGAUGGUGAGGUAAUCAAUGUUGAUGGCCGCGAGGAGGAGGGGAAAGAAAAGAAGAUGGAGAAAGAGAAGGUUCAUCACUUAGAAGUAGAUGAAGAGGGUGAUACCCAUGACGUCAAAGAUCAAGAUGUUGAAGAUGGAGAAGACAUUGACAGUGAAGACAGUUCAGUUGGAGCCAAGACAUACACCACCAAAAUAAAUGUGCCGAUCCAAAACCAGUUGUUUCGAGAAGUGGGAUCUAAUGCCAGUAUUGAACUCGGUGAUGAAGAUCAUGAAGAUUAUGUAAAAGAUGAGGAAGAAAGAGAGGAGUUGAAACAGUCAAUUGAUGAAUAUGAAUAUAUUGAUGUCAGUGGAGCUGAAAAGCUUGAUGUUCUUGAUGUAGUGGCUGACAUUGCAGAAAUGGCCCAACUUCCUGAUACUGAUGGAGAUUACUCUGAAAUCAUUGAUGAUGACGAUGAUGAUGAUGAUGAUGAUGAAAACAACAACAACAGUGAGAGCAAGAAAGCUGGUGUCAAAAGGAAGAUAAAUGUUCCAAUUCCCUUUAAGAUGUUUAAAAGACUGGGAUCGAAGGCCCACCUUAAAGAUGUUGGGGAGCACGAGGAUAAAGAUGACCAAGACAAAGACAUUCAACGUGCCAGAGUUCUCAGACAAUCCAAGGAGAGGCAAGCAAGAGAAGAAGUAGUAGAAGAGGUAGAAGUGGUCCUUAAAGCGAUGAGGGAUGCACAAUCCAUGAAAGAGGUAGAAAAUAAGAAAUUGGAGGUCAAGACGGAAAAGAAAGAGGAGCAGGCCGAGGAGAAAGCAAAGCCUGAGGCAAUGCCCAGUGUGAAGAAAGCAGAGAAGACAGGACCCAAAGAAGAGCCAAAAAAGAAGACUGCCAGAGAGGAGAAAGAGAUGAAAAAGGAGACAAAACAUUUGGAGAAGAAAGUCAUCCAUGACUUUUUCAACAAGAAAGUUGUGGUGGAACCCAAAAAGAAGGUGGACAAAAAGGUGAAGGAGACCAAGAAGGAUGUUCAGUCAACUCUUUGGAAAUCUGAACCCUCCAUGGCUUUGCAAAAAUACGAUGAAUCCAAGAACCCUGUCAAGGUGGUGAAGACAGAGUCCACCAUGAAAAAAGAACAUAUUGAUGUUAAUAAAGAAGGCAAAAAGAAACCUGUCAAAGAGGUUAAGGAAGAAAAGACAGCUAAGCUACCAGACAUAAAAGUAAAGGUAAAAAAAACAGAACUUGAGGUUCUAAAGGAGGAGGCUAAGCUGGUGAAUGUUAAGAAAGAAGCUGAAGUUCCCAAAGAAAAAACCAAAGCAGCUACAUCAAAGAAAGAUACUGGAGCAAAAGAAGAGGCCAAACUAACUCCAGCAAAGAAAGAUGCUGCAGCUAAAGAAAAGGUGAAAACAUCCCCUGCAAAGAAAGAUGCUGCAGUUAUUAAAGAAAAGGUGAAAUCAGCCCCUGCAAAGAAAGUUUUAGAAGCUGAAAUUCACAAAGAAAACGCCAAAGCAGCUUCAUCAAAGAAAGAGUCCAAGGAAACUAAGGAACAAGCCAAACCAGAGCCUUCAAAAGAAGAGAGUGAAGUUCCCAAAGAACAGACCAAAGCAGCUACAUCAAAGAAAGAUGCUGAAGCAAAAGAAAAGGCCAAAUUAGCUCCAGAAAAGAAAGGACUGUUGUACGUGAACUUAGAAGCUGAAGUUUCCAAAGAAAAAGCCAAAGUAACUCCUUCAAAUGAAGAUGCUGCAGUUAUUAAAGAAAAGGUCAAAUCAGCCCCUGCAAAGAAAGAUGCUGCAGUUAUUAAAGAAAAGGUGAAAUCAGCCCCUGCAAAGAAAGUUUUAGAAGCUGAAAUUCACAAAGAAAACGCCAAAGCAGCUUCAUCAAAGAAAGAGUCCAAGGAAACUAAGGAACAAGCCAAACCAGAGCCUUCAAAAGAAGAGAGUGAAGUUCCCAAAGAACAGACCAAAGCAGCUACAUCAAAGAAAGAUGCUGAAGCAAAAGAAAAGGCCAAAUUAGCUCCAGAAAAGAAAGGACUGUUGUACGUGAACUUAGAAGCUGAAGUUUCCAAAGAAAAAGCCAAAGUAACUCCUUCAAAUGAAGAUGCUGCAGUUAUUAAAGAAAAGGUCAAAUCAGCCCCUGCAAAGAAAGAUGCUGCAGUUAUUAAAGAAAAGGUGAAAUCAGCCCCUGCAAAGAAAGUUUUAGAAGCUGAAAUUCACAAAGAAAACGCCAAAGCAGCUUCAUCAAAGAAAGAGUCCAAGGAAACUAAGGAACAAGCCAAACCAGAGCCUUCAAAAGAAGAGAGUGAAGUUCCCAAAGAACAGACCAAAGCAGCUACAUCAAAGAAAGAUGCUGAAGCAAAAGAAAAGGCCAAAUUAGCUCCAGAAAAGAAAGGACUGUUGUACGUGAACUUAGAAGCUGAAGUUUCCAAAGAAAAAGCCAAAGUAACUCCUUCAAAUGAAGAUGCUGCAGUUAUUAAAGAAAAGGUCAAAUCAGCCCCUGCAAAGAAAGAUGCUGCAGUUAUUAAAGAAAAGGUGAAAUCAGCCCCUGCAAAGAAAGUUUUAGAAGCUGAAAUUCACAAAGAAAACGCCAAAGCAGCUUCAUCAAAGAAAGAGUCCAAGGAAACUAAGGAACAAGCCAAACCAGAGCCUUCAAAAGAAGAGAGUGAAGUUCCCAAAGAACAGACCAAAGCAGCUACAUCAAAGAAAGAUGCUGAAGCAAAAGAAAAGGCCAAAUUAGCUCCAGAAAAGAAAGGACUGUUGUACGUGAACUUAGAAGCUGAAGUUUCCAAAGAAAAAGCCAAAGUAACUCCUUCAAAUGAAGAUGCUGCAGUUAUUAAAGAAAAGGUCAAAUCAGCCCCUGCAAAGAAAGAUGCUGCAGUUAUUAAAGAAAAGGUGAAAUCAGCCCCUGCAAAGAAAGUUUUAGAAGCUGAAAUUCACAAAGAAAACGCCAAAGCAGCUUCAUCAAAGAAAGAGUCCAAGGAAACUAAGGAACAAGCCAAACCAGAGCCUUCAAAAGAAGAGAGUGAAGUUCCCAAAGAACAGACCAAAGCAGCUACAUCAAAGAAAGAUCCUGAAGCAAAAGAAAAGGCCAAAUUAGCUCCAGAAAAGAAAGGACUGUUGUACGUGAACUUAGAAGCUGAAGUUUCCAAAGAAAAAGCCAAAGUAACUCCUUCAAAUGAAGAUGCUGCAGUUAUUAAAGAAAAGGUCAAAUCAGCCCCUGCAAAGAAAGAUGCUGCAGUUAUUAAAGAAAAGGUGAAAUCAGCCCCUGCAAAGAAAGUUUUAGAAGCUGAAAUUCACAAAGAAAACGCCAAAGCAGCUUCAUCAAAGAAAGAGUCCAAGGAAACUAAGGAACAAGCCAAACCAGAGCCUUCAAAAGAAGAGAGUGAAGUUCCCAAAGAACAGACCAAAGCAGCUACAUCAAAGAAAGAUGCUGAAGCAAAAGAAAAGGCCAAAUUAGCUCCAGAAAAGAAAGGACUGUUGUACGUGAACUUAGAAGCUGAAGUUUCCAAAGAAAAAGCCAAAGUAACUCCUUCAAAUGAAGAUGCUGCAGUUAUUAAAGAAAAGGUCAAAUCAGCCCCUGCAAAGAAAGAUGCUGCAGUUAUUAAAGAAAAGGUGAAAUCAGCCCCUGCAAAGAAAGUUUUAGAAGCUGAAAUUCACAAAGAAAACGCCAAAGCAGCUUCAUCAAAGAAAGAGUCCAAGGAAACUAAGGAACAAGCCAAACCAGAGCCUUCAAAAGAAGACAGUGAAGUUCCCAAAGAACAGACCAAAGCAGCUACGUCAAAGAAAGAUGCUGAAGCAAAAGAAAAGGCCAAAUUAGCUCCAGAAAAGAAAGGACUGAUGUACGUGAACUUAGAAGCUGAAGUUUCCAAAGAAAAAGCCAAAGUAACUCCUUCAAAUGAAGAUGCUGCAGUUAUUAAAGAAAAGGUCAAAUCAGCCUCUGCAAAGAAAGAUGCUGAUGUUGUUAAAGAAAAGACUAGACCAGUUCCUGCAAAGAAAGUGAAAACUGUAAAAGACAAGGCAAAACCAGCACUAGCUAAGAAAGAGGCUGAAGUUGGCAAAGAAAAGUCUAAACCAACACCUGCAAAGAAAGAACUUGUUGCGCCACUGGGGAAAGCACGACCAAACAUUGGAAUCAAAGAACCUGAAGUGAUUCGCAGAAAUCACAGUCACAUAAAUGCUUCUCUUACAAAGGAGAGAGUUAAAGUUGUACUUGUAAAGAAAGAACCUGCUCUGAAAGAGAAGGCCAUGCCAGCCCCUGCAAAGAAAGAACGUGAGGCUCCCAACCAGAAGGACAAACCAGUAUCUCAAAAGAAAGUGCCUGAGGCUCCCAAAGAAAAGGCCAAGCCAGCAGAUCCUACAAAAAAACCUGAGGGUGUGAAAGAGAUGGACAAACCAGACCCUGUUAAGAAAGAACCUGAAGCUACAAAAAAGAAGGCUAAGCCAGCAACUGUAACGAAAGAGCCUGAUGCGCCAAAGGAGAAUGCCAGACCUGUGAAAAAAGAGAAGUCUGCUGAGAAGAAGCCUGCCAAAGAAGAGAAAGCAAAGGCAGAGCCUGUUAUAACAGACCCCUUCGCCACAGAAGAUGAGAUGCCCUACUUCCAGUGCUUUUUUGUGGAUGAAGAUGAGGCCCAGUAUCCCUUCUACCCUUUCUCACCUCUCCAGUGAAGAGCACAGUAUAGAAAGCAAUGGGACGAGAUGGGCGACACCUUUAGUGUGGAGUUCAUAAUAAAACCAAGCCAUGGAAUCCACUACUGCUAUGUUGCAGCCUAGCGUCCUGAGCUGGUCUUCAACAGAAACCUAGGACAGCAAAGCACUUUGAGUGAAUUCGUUGAGCUCUUAUGGGUAGCCAACAUCAUUCCUGUCCAAAUGUGUUCGUGUUAUAUUUUGUUUUUGAUAGCUGAUAUGGCAUGAGUUGAUCUAUAUCAGGACAUAAGUAUUUUGAAUGAAACAAUGCAUACUGUGUUUACAUCUGCAGGUUAGCCUUUUUUAGGGCCAUGCUAAUUUGCUUGAUUCAAUUCCCGCUUUGAUAGUUGUCAGUUUUCUCAAUUGAAUGGUAUAUUUAAACAAAUUGGAACACAGAUUGUACCGUUGGCUUUCAUACUUCUCAGUGCAGCGCAAGCAAUUUCUCUGUCUGUCAUCACAUUCAGUUGAAUUGGAGCUGCAUAUGGAAGCCGAGCAGUGUUGUUCUAGAUUUUGGGCGAAGAGCUUGGUUGGGCUGGACUACAGACUGCUGCUCUGUUGCUGUGGACUCUGAAUUACGCUUUAUUUACAUGAACAUGGGCUCUAUAUCAUUGCUCUCAUACUAAGACAUCAAUGGGUCGUUCCAUCUAAAAAAAAUCACAAGAAAGAGGCUUUCGACACCCACCUUCUCAGAUUGUACUGAAAUAGUUUCUGUUAGAGAACAGAUAAGAUUAGUGUUCCUGCAACAAUAUUAUGUUGAAAUAUAAUUUGAUAUCUGAGAAAUUAAGCUAAUUGAUUCCACCCAAAUUGGCCAUUACAUUCAAUAAAUGUAGACACUAACCUCCAGGAUUGCUUUUCUUAAGGAAUUCCUCCCCCACAUGUUAAAGGGACAGUUCACCUAAAUUACGUAAUUACAUUUGGUUUCCUUACUUGUUAGCAGUCUUUGAAGAAAUAAAUUAAACAGCCCAUGUGUUGGUUUUGUUGUCCACUGACUCAAAUGCAAACUGUUUUGCAUUUGUGACACAACUCUAAUUUAAGUCAAUGGUACCUGUAUUAGCAUUUUCAUGCUUCAUGUCCAAAUCAUUCUGAAGUAUUUAAAGCUGUUAUGUUACUGACAGAUGAUUUAGAUAUGAAGCUUGGAAAUGCUUAGGUACCAUUGACUUGCAUUGGAUUUGUGCCACAAAUGCUAAAAAGUUAGCAUUUCAAACACCGGCCAGAUUAACAAAACCAAAACAUGGGUUGCUGUCAUAACUUGUCCCUAAACUGCUUACAGGGUAAGGAAACAAUAUGUCAUUUGGGUGAACAAUCCCUUUAACACUGAGUGGGAUUCUGAAAAAAAUAACUACAAGUAGGAACAGCACCAUCUAGUGGUCAGAACAUUGUAAUAUCAAGAUGUAGGAUGGGGCAUUAACCUAACUUAAAUUAUUAAUUUCUCUGAACAGGAAGAAAAAAACAUCACCAAAUUCACUGAGAAUACAUUACAUAGGAUGAAGAAAUAACACUCUGAGUCACAGCUCCAUACUAUUCGUCAAACAUAGAGAACUAAUACUGUAUUCUCUUUUUUAGGGUGGGAUUGGCGUGGGGUGUGUAGUGUCCAUGGGUGGCUUUUGAUAGUUUCUUUCGAUUCUUCAUGUCUUACUCCUUGUUAGAAAAAGGUUUGGUCCAAAUCCGAUGUUAGGUACUAUAUUUAUUGAAUAUUAUAUGGUUCAUAUAAUAUACAAUAAUUAUACUACCUAACAUCGGAGUGAGACAUGAGGAAUCAAUAAAUUUAAAUGGGCAAUUUGUGUGCAAUCAAUUAGUGUAAGUACUCAGAGAUUAAAUUAUAUUUCAACAAAAUAAUAUUGUAGAAAUGCUAAUCUUAUCUGUUUCUAAGUACAGAAAUGAAAUUAUUUCAGAUCAAUCUGCGAUGGUGUGUGUCAUGGCUUGCUGAAAUGACAUACAACAACCUCAGUGGAUUUUUACCUUACUUUGUGAGACGUUUUUGUUUUUAAUGUUGCAUUUCUUGCCCUUCUGUUCACAAUGGUAACUCACAAUGAGAUAGUACUUCCAUUGUAGCUGAAUAUGUUUCCUCAUUGAUUUUCAGGCUACAUUGCUUUCUUCCAUUUUCUUCUAUUCCUCUUCAUCAGUCUGCGUUUGUUAACUUUGAGGUAGCAUAAAGCUUUUCAUCAAAUUCGCAGGGACCUCAUACUCACAUUAAAAAAAAUUAUGUUGGUGCC